GUAAAUGUCUUAUCUUUUUCACCCACCAGAUUAUUAUUAUCAAUCCCAAGCAACAACCACUUUAUUUCACAUCACCUUAUAAAUACCAACUUUCUUCAUAGUCUCAACAAAUACACUACACUACUCAACUUAUAACCUUUCUACACUUUCAAGAAACCAAACAGAAGCUGAGUUAGAGAAAUGACUUCGAAAACAUGCCUCGUCUUCUUCUUCUCUUCUCUAAUCUUAACAAACUUCGCCUUAGCGCAAGACCGAGCUCCUCACGGGUUGGCUUAUGAGACCCCAGUGGCAUUUUCACCUUCUGCAUUUGACUUCUUUCACACACAACCAGAAAACCCGGAUCCCACUUUCAACCCUUGCUCGGAAUCCGGCUGCUCACCUCUUCCCGUUGCUGCAAAGGUCCAAGGAGCUUCUGCGAAAGCACAGGAAAGCGAUAUAGUAUCAAUUUCAACUGGUACAAGAAGCGGAAUAGAAGAACAUGGUGUGGUUGGAAUCAUCUUUGGACUUGCGUUUGCGGUGAUGAUGUGAACCAUUAUAGAUCAUUUUAGCAAGACUUUGAGUUUGAAUGUGUGCAUUUUUCUUCACUUUUUUCUUGAAGCAGAGUAUUCAAGUGAUCAAGUCUUUAUCGCCAAGGCUGUGUUUGAAGGGUUAAGUUUGAGUCCCAAACUAUAUAAAACUUUUGGAGAUCCAAUUUAGUUAAAGUGUGUAAUAUAGAGUCUAUGUAGUAGAUUGAAUCUAUAGAAAGAAGGUUUGGUUAGAAAUCUUGAGAAUAAGAGUUUGGUUGACAGUUUGGAAUUAUAGUAUGUCUUUAGACAUUCUAAAUUACCAUUAAAAUCUAGAUAAACUUUAAAUUGAAAAGCCCCUUUUUCUGUAAAACUCGUUAAGUCCAUAUUAUAAACUUUAAAUUGAAAAAGCCCUUUUUUGUUCUUUUAUCAAAUGCAUGCUUGAUCUGUUAAGAAAUCG